UUCACGUCAGCAGCUGGAACAAGGGUAAUUUGCUGCUUAAAAACAGUGAGCAAAAUCGCAUUUUGCUCACUGAGUGAGACAAAAUAACAUUCAAGUGACCUUCAUAUUCGAAUGUCAUUUCAACGUGCGGGGCCUGAUACAAGUUCGAAGUAUUUGGAUUCUAUUGUCUUUGUCCCUUUCACGUCAUUAGCAAAAAGAAAGAGACAAAAAAAGUGCAUACGUAAUUCAACGAUAUAUUGACGGUUUAUAAUAGACCCCCGAAAUAAGUCAGACCGCAUCGUUCCAAAACACCCUACGAGUCUUCAUUCGUAAUAAUUAAUUAAUUAAAUAAAAGUUUAAAAUUUAAUAAAAAUACCAUAUUUUACGUAUUUUAUUAUACAAUCAAAACAAUGUACUUAUACAAAUUUACGCAAUUGUUACGCAGUAAAUAAUUCUACUUAACGACUUUUAACGAUCUCUACUAUAGUUGACAAAUAGUAGUAUCCGCAAUUCGGACCGUAUCUUAUAAAGUUUUUUUUAACAAAAAAAGUUGACGAUUGAACUGUCAAUUGAUGUUCGUUAAUUCAUUAUUUUCGUAUCAUUUUAUUGAAAUUUCUUUCGUUUUGUUUUAUUGCGGUAAUUAAAGUUAACUGUUAGAAUACCUUCAGAAAACAUGAGUGAAAUAGUGAUGAAGACGGAUUACAUUUUUUCAGGGGUCCGACAACAAGGCCAAACGCAUUUCAUCAAAAAAAAGUGUAGCAAUAUUAAUUGCUAUUUUACUAAAAACAGAACAUUAUUCGGUGAUCUCAGACAUGACUCUACAAUACCCUACAGAUUCAUAUCAAUAUACAACAACCGCUCAGAAGAGCUGGGCUCUCAUUUUCCCUGGCCUUUACUCACAGAACCUAUCAACCCAAACAUUAAAUCUCUUUUCUCAACUAAAUCCAAAGCGGCAGCGGCCAUUAUAGAUGUAUGCAAAUCUAACAGCAACCGAGAAAACUUCGUGUAUUUACUACAGACGGCCAUGGCUAAAUAUAACCUAACUUUAGAUGUCUUUGGCAAUUGUGGCAUGAAACAGUGUAAGAGAAGAUCGUUUGGAGCAUGUAAUUGGAGAUUGAAGAAUCAGUACUUUUUCUAUUUGGCGAUGGAAGACUCGAUAGACCAUGAUUUUGUUACUGAUACUGUUUUGAGGGCGUAUAAGAAUAAUGUUGUGCCGGUGGUUUAUGGUGGAGCGAACUAUAACCAUUACCUACCGCCCCUGUCCUACAUCGACGCAAUAAAACUGGGCACCCGAGAAACAGCCAAAAAAAUGUACGAGAGCAUCAAAAACAGAGAGCAAUACUACGAAUUCUUUAAAUGGAGAAAUCAAUACCAAGUCCGAGCUUCUACUCCCCUAGAUGCUUGUGUUCUGUGUAAGAAGUUCGCAGAACUGCGGUUGAAGGGAAGGACAAGUUAUGACAUGUUUAGACAAUGGUGGCUCCCAAGGUACGCUGAACGGUGUUGGGUAGCUUCUCUGAACGGGGAAUCAGUGGAAUCACCGGGACCACGGUUUGGAGGAAUAAAAAACUAAAAAGGACAUAAAACAUUACUUGGAUCGGUUUAAGUCACUUUUAUGUGAUGUUAAUUUAAAUUCUUAGAUUAUCAGAAGAACUAAACAAUUUCGAUAUUUGAAGCAACUUUCGACGUCUCUAGAAUGAGUAAAUAAGGGUCCAACUAUCUUUAGUACUCCUUGUGCAAUUCCUGGGGUAACAUUAAUACAAUAGAACUAAAUUUGUAAUGAACCUGAAAUAAAAAUAAUGUUUCUACAAGUUUCCGUUGCAUGUUAUUAAAGCAUAUUUUUCGAAAGAGUGACUAAAUGAUAACCACUUUGUCAAAAUCUGGACAAAAAUCUCUCACUCGCAUUUUUAUGCAUUAAGUUUUGUACUGCUAUUUUAUUUAUUGCUCUUUCCCGAAAUAAUAAAUAUUAAUCAGAUGAAGCUUGAAUCACUUAGGUAAAUCAAAAUGUGACAUAAUGAGAAAUGUAACUUAAUGAUAUGUAUAACAUGCUUUCACGUAUCGACUACUAUGUACCUUUCUGAAAGCGACGACAUCGCAUCGUACCAACUUGUCCUUCGGCAAAUAACUACCUAAUUAUAACCUCUCGCGUCGAGUGAUAGUCCCCAUGACAGUUCCUUCAAGUCUCUUAAGAAAUAAUGAAAAAUAUGUUUUUACCGUUUUUUAUUACUUAAGAGGGAAGAAUAGCUUUUCGAACCUGACGCAAUAACGGUAAUUUUUCUAUGUAAUUCUAUUUUAGGAGAAAACUUUUUCCACUAACUAAAUCUUAACAAAUCACUUUGAUUUUGAAAUCGAUCGCUUCAGCAUAAUAUUCUACAUUAAUAGCUUUUGCUUUUUUGAGAUUUUUUUAAAAAUUGUUUUGCACAUAAAAAAAAGGAAAACGUAUCAACCUAGUUUUUCAUACAAAAAAAUCAUGGAGAAAUGAAAUUAUGUAGAAGUGUAAAAACGUUUUCUCUUUUUGUAUGUACGAUCACGUGGUAUACUUGCCCCUUAAAAUGUAUAUUUCUAAAUAAAUUAAUUUGCUAAGCUUCCAAAAAAAAUCUACAAAAAUUGUACGAGACAGCUACGCCAUAUUAAAAUGAAAUGUCAUUGGUACCAUCAUUCGACGUGAGAGGUAUAAUGUAGCUCUUUAUAGUUCGUGUCAUCCACGAUAACGCGCAGAUUUGUCAAAUGUAACCUUUAAUAACAUGAUAUUACGAGUCAAGGCACAUGUCUUCGUGAAUGACAUUAUCUAUACCACCAAACUAUCCUACCUGUCAUCCAAAUACCAAUUAUAAUCCAAAAUACCUACUCAUUCUAUCAAAAACUACCCUCAUAACCCCACAAUAAAGUUAAACCCGCGGAUUACUUUCCCAAUCGGCGGCGGAUUAAAAGUUAAAUUAUUUUAACCGAUUAAAACGUAUGAUAAAAUGGCGUCCUGGUGGCCGAUUCUAUUUUAACAAUUUGAUAGAGUCAAACGAAGAUAAGUUGGCAGCAAUUUUGAUAGUAUUAUUUUAAACGUCAAACUUUUAUGAAAUUAUGAUGUUUAAUUAAAACUUGCACAGGCUGGGCUAUGAAAAUCGCUGCCAACAAUUAGCUUGUUCUGACUCUAUGAUUUUCAUCAUGUUUUGAUACCUUAGAGUCAAUUUUAAAUAAAUAAAUUAAUGAAUGAUGCUUUUAUUCGAAAUACACAUACACAACAACAUUAAAAUAGGCUUCAAUCUAGGUAAAUUAGAAGUUACAGUGCUACGGGUAGUUCCAGGAAAGAUAAAGAUAAUUUCUUUUGCAUUAGACUUUAAUAAAAGGAUGUUUCGCAGCACAUGAGUAGAGUUACGAAGCUUAUUUUCAGUGUACCCAUUGACACGUAAUUUACCUAAACAUUUGUUAUGAUUUUAGCUGGUUUUAAAACGACCUUGAUCGUCUCGGUAAUUGACGUGCACCUCACCAAGGGGAAUUGAUAGUAAUAGAAUGGAAAAGUCAAAGAAAAAACGUCCUCUUUAUUUUGACAUCCAAAACAGAUGGCGCUGUAUGUUUUGCGGUCACUAAAUUGUCAGACGUCAACUUUUAACAGUCAGUUUUUCAGUGUGAGUUACUGCAAUACGUAUCGUUAUACGGCGCCAUCUCGUUUACCUGUUAAAUUCGAAGCACGAAUUGUCUUAGAUUAUACACAUCUCACUCAAUCAAUGUAUCUUUCAUCUCACGCACGAGUUUCAUGUCAUUUCACAUGCAUCAAUCAUGUGUGUGAUCUUCAAGAUCGUAUCAAAACAAACAGAUUUUGAACUCAAAACCAUAACAUUUUUUUUUUAUAUCAGAAUCGGGCUCCGUGUUAAUUUAACUUGUGCAUUGUCGAUUUGUUUAUGGCUGGCGACACGCCCUGCCUUGUUUUGGAGUUUAAUUUAUAGGUUUACACAUGUUUUGGUGUUCUGUGUUUCAUGUAAAGUAAGGCGGUCGAUUUGCAAAAACUGGAGCGGCAUUUGAACAUACAAUUCAUUCAUUAUUUUAAAAUUCAUUCAUUUUUUUGCGCGGCAGCGCCAACAGUCUCCUUGCCACAGUCGCGGACAGGGUAGAUGGCGCUUUCUGGCAGUACUGGAGUAGCCUACAUGCUUAAAUAGUUUAUGUAUAUAACAUAUAAGUAGAUUAUAACAUGGUUAUUAACAUAGGUUUAGUAUAUUCAUAAGUUACUAAUAUGAUAUGGAAAUUUAAUUCUGCAAUAAAUGAUUAUUCUAUUUUAUUUAAAAUUAUGGCUUCAGUCCAGUGGAACUAUUUUGCCAGUAUCAAGGAAUUAGGAACUUUAAAUACGUGUGGUUUGUACAAGACGGUGUACGGUGAUUUUAAUAGGUCUUGUAAGACGAUAGCUGGACUUUACAAGUAGACCGUGGACUAGACUAUCGGCCGUUGACUCCAACAUGGUGGUUAAACGCGUUUCAAGAUUAAUUCUCCUUUCACUGCACACUACCACAUUACUUUGCGGUAUAAUAAGCUAUCGAUAUUACACUUUAAAUAAUAUUAAUGAGCAAAAAACAAAGGUAUUAAUCACGAGGCAUCAAAGUGCUCGAACCGGAAGUCCAAACAUACAAAAGUGAUUCUAAAUCUGUUGUUGUGGGAAUGUGGAAAUGACAUAAAUUUGUAAUUUUGUAACGAUCUCCAAGCGUAUGGAUCCUUGCAGUAAAAUAAGUGGGACAUUCUCCAGAUUUUUGCCUGCGUCUAAACUCCGUCGAACCAAACUAAAAGUAUGAAAAGUUUAACAGAGUUGAGUCUGACCGCAGCCAUAUAAUUUGAGAAUGAUACAUGUGUUUUUUUAAGUCACCUAGCCGCACCCCCAGCCUAUAGAAGGUGAAGGUAAGGAAUGAAAUCUCCAUGUACCAAAAAGUGUCAUCAAAAAACCUUAAAUAGGUGGCACUACAAUACCUAGAAUACUUGAAAAUAAGUCAAAUCAUAGACACUUCGCACUUCACUCCGUCAGUAACGCCUAAGUUCUUAGCUACUCUACUCUGGAGAGAUUUGGAACUAUUAUCUAUAGCUGACAACUGGACACUUUGCAACAGUUCUGCCAUAAAAGAUUUCACUCCUUUUAAAUCCACACUCCAUACCGCAGCCAUACAAUU